CAUUACACUCGGUACGAAGAGGAAAGAAGAUGGCUGCGAGGAGCGAGAAAGAAAACAAUCUCGAAGAGCGUUAAAGGUUGUAGAAGAACACCGUACCUCGAAGGAGAACAAACUACAAAUCGUUCGAACCUCUCCAACACAUUAUUCGAACUACCACUGAAGAACAAACACUCGAAAACGACGGGAAAACGGUUGUUGAAUAGUUACAUGUGUGUCCUUGUCACGAAGUGGUCAGUCUCUCGAGGAUCGUCCUUGGAAUCGCUCGUUCCUGAAGCCGGCUCGAGGAGCUAGUGAUCUCGAAAACAAAAAUGGCGGAUGUCGACUCAAGGGUGGAUCAUUCGGACCCUGAAUUGCGGUUCCUUUCCGUUGACAGGAAUAAUUUCAAUGAUCCCGCAACUCAAGCAGAAUGGACACAGAAAAAGCUGGUUUGGGUACCCCACGAUACCCAGGGUUUUGUGGCAGCCGGGAUAAAAGGUGAACGGGGUGAUGAGGUUGAAGUGGAAAUUGCCGAAACUGGAAAACGUGUCCUCGUCGCGAAAGAUGAUAUUCAGAAAAUGAAUCCGCCAAAAUUUGAUAAAGUUGAAGAUAUGGCUGAGUUAACGUGCUUGAACGAAGCAUCCGUACUGCAUAACCUCAAAGACAGAUACUACUCGGGCCUCAUUUACACAUAUUCAGGGCUGUUCUGCGUGGUGGUAAAUCCAUACAAGAGGCUGUCAAUUUACACGGAAAAGAUAAUGGAGAGGUACAAGGGUAUAAAAAGACACGAGGUUCCACCUCAUGUUUUCGCCAUCACAGACACUGCAUAUCGUUCCAUGCUCCAAGAUCGCGAGGACCAGUCGAUUUUAUGCACCGGUGAGUCUGGCGCGGGCAAAACCGAGAACACGAAGAAAGUGAUCCAAUACUUGGCGUACGUUGCUGCUUCAAAGCCAAAAUCCAAUGCGACACCGAGUCCGGCAUUAAUCAUAGGUUCCGGAAGCGUUUCGGAUAAAUUUGCGGUAAUUAACGGUGAAUUGGAACAGCAACUUCUACAGGCAAACCCUAUCCUAGAGGCUUUCGGGAAUGCUAAGACGGUGAAAAAUGACAACUCCUCUCGAUUCGGUAAAUUUAUCCGAAUAAAUUUCGAUGCUUCCGGGUAUAUUGCCGGCGCGAACAUCGAAACAUAUCUACUGGAAAAAUCGAGAGCGAUUCGGCAAGCAAAGGACGAAAGAACUUUCCAUAUAUUUUAUCAGCUCCUCGCAGGUGCUUCGUCGGAACAGAAGAAGGAGUUUAUUUUAGAGGAUCCAAAACACUAUCCAUUUCUCUCAAAUGGGGCAUUACCAGUUCCUGGUGUAGACGAUUCAGCCGAAUUCUUCUCAACAGUGAAGUCUAUGCACAUCAUGGGCAUGACAAAUGAAGACUUCUCCUCGAUAUUUCGUAUAGUGUCUGCGGUAAUGUUAUUUGGCUCGAUGCAGUUUCGUCAAGAAAGAAACUCUGACCAAGCCACGUUGCCUGACAACACUGUUGCACAAAAGAUUUCUCACUUGCUAGGCUUGAGCGUCACAGAAAUGACGAAAGCAUUUUUAAAACCAAGAAUUAAGGUGGGCAGAGAUUUUGUAACAAAAGCACAAACGAAGGAACAAGUUGAAUUUGCUGUAGAAGCGAUCUCAAAAGCUUGUUACGAGAGGAUGUUCAGGUGGCUUGUGAAUAGAAUUAAUAGAUCUUUAGAUCGAACGAAGAGGCAAGGGGCUAGUUUUAUUGGUAUACUGGAUAUGGCUGGGUUUGAGAUAUUUGAGUUGAACAGCUUCGAACAGUUGUGUAUCAAUUAUACAAAUGAGAAAUUGCAACAGUUAUUUAACCAUACUAUGUUCAUUCUGGAGCAAGAAGAAUAUCAAAGGGAAGGCAUCGAAUGGAAGUUCAUAGACUUUGGGCUGGAUCUGCAACCAACUAUCGACCUGAUUGACAAACCUAUGGGUAUUAUGGCAUUGUUAGAUGAGGAAUGUUGGUUCCCCAAGGCUACAGAUAAAACAUUUGUUGAAAAAUUAGUAGGUGCUCAUAGUGUGCAUCCUAAAUUUAUGAAAACAGACUUCAGAGGUGUAGCGGACUUCGCAAUUAUACAUUAUGCUGGGAAGGUUGAUUAUUCCGCUGCUAAAUGGUUAAUGAAAAACAUGGAUCCUCUGAAUGAAAAUGUAGUUAGCCUUCUACAAAAUUCACAAGAUCCUUUUGUUUGUCAUAUUUGGAAAGAUGCGGAAAUUGUUGGAAUGGCUCAACAAGCAUUAACUGAUACACAAUUUGGAGCAAGAACAAGGAAAGGAAUGUUUAGAACUGUGUCGCAAUUAUAUAAAGAGCAAUUGGCGAAGUUAAUGGUUACCCUUAGAAAUACCAAUCCAAAUUUCGUUAGAUGCAUUAUACCGAAUCAUGAAAAGAGGGCUGGAAAAAUUGAUGCUCCUCUGGUGUUAGAUCAGUUAAGGUGUAACGGUGUACUGGAAGGUAUUAGAAUUUGUCGUCAAGGAUUUCCAAAUAGGAUACCAUUCCAAGAGUUCAGACAAAGGUAUGAACUUUUGACACCCAACGCCAUUCCUAAAGGAUUCAUGGAUGGAAAGAAAGCGUGCGAAAAAAUGAUCCAAGCACUUGAACUUGAUCCCAAUCUGUACCGUGUUGGUCAAUCAAAAAUUUUCUUUCGCGCUGGAGUUUUGGCACAUCUUGAAGAAGAACGUGAUUACAAGAUUACUGAUAUAAUUGUCAAUUUCCAAGCGUUUUGUCGAGGUUUCCUUGCUCGUAGAAAUUAUCAGAAACGUUUGCAACAGUUGAAUGCUAUCAGAAUCAUCCAAAGAAAUUGUGCGGCGUAUUUAAAACUCAGAAAUUGGCAGUGGUGGCGUUUGUACACUAAAGUGAAGCCCUUGUUAGAAGUAACCAAACAAGAAGAAAAAUUAACUCAAAAGGAGGAUGAGUUGAAGCAAGUGCGGGACAAGUUAGAAUUACAGAUGCAUUCUGCCCAGGAAUAUGAAAGGAAAUAUCAACAGGCUAUUGAAGAGAAGACAGUGUUAGCAGAACAAUUGCAAGCUGAAGUUGAAUUAUGUGCGGAGGCCGAAGAAAUGAGAGCACGACUAGCUGCCAGAAAACAAGAACUGGAAGAGAUCCUUCAUGAUUUAGAAGCGAGAAUUGAGGAAGAAGAAGAAAGAAGUGCCGCGUUAACACAAGAAAAAAAGAAAUUACAAUUAAACAUAAGCGAUCUCGAGGAACAACUAGAAGAAGAAGAAGCUGCAAGACAGAAGUUACAAUUAGAAAAAGUACAGUGCGAUGCGAAAAUUAAGAAGCUUGAAGAAGAUCUUGCGCUUUCUGAUGAUACGAAUCAAAAGUUAUUAAAAGAAAAGAAAAUUCUUGAAGAAAGGGCAAAUGAUUUGUCUCAAACACUCGCCGAAGAAGAAGAAAAAGCGAAACAUUUAUCGAAAUUGAAAGCCAAACAUGAAGCGACGAUUGCAGAUUUGGAGGAGAGAUUAUUGAAAGAUCACCAACAAAGACAGGAAGUCGAUAGGUCAAAGAGAAAGAUAGAAACUGAAGUAUCGGAUUUGAAGGAGCAACUUGCGGAAAGGAAAACACAGGUAGAAGAACUUCAAUUACAACUUGGCAAACGCGAAGAAGAAUUAAAUCAAGUAAUGGCAAAGAUGGAUGAAGAAGGAGCAGCGAAAGCUCAGGCGCAGAAAGCUCUACGUGAGUUAGAGUCUCAAUUAGCUGAGCUACAAGAAGAUUUAGAAGCAGAAAAGGGCGCGAGAAGUAAAGCAGAGAAGCUGAAACGUGAUCUAAAUGAGGAAUUGGAAGCUUUGAAAAACGAGUUGUUAGAUUCUUUGGACACAACUGCCGCACAACAGGAAUUGAGAAGUAAGCGGGAACAAGAACUAGCAACACUGAAAAAGAAUUUAGAAGAAGAGACAUCGAUGCAUGAAGCAACAUUGGCGGAUAUGCGUCAUAAGCAUACCCAAGAACUAACAGCUUUGAACGAGCAGAUGGAUGCACUGAAGAAGACUAAAGCAGUCUUAGAAAAAGCAAAGGGUACUUUGGAAGCUGAAAAUGCUGAUCUAACAUCAGAGCUUCGUUCUAUUAGUGCCAGUAGACAAGAAUCGGACAGAAGAAGGAAACAAGCAGAGCAACAGCUUGCUGAAGUGAAUGCAAAGCUUGCUGAAGUUGAAAGAAAUAGGCAAGAAUUAGUGGAAAGAGUUACAAAAUUACAGCAGGAAUCUGAAAGUAUUAUGCAACAAUUGGAAGCUGCGGAAUUGAAAGCUUCAGCUGCCUUAAAAGCUUCAGCUACAUGCGAAUCCCAGUUUACAGAACUUCAACAGCAAUUGGAGGAAGAAACCAGACAAAAAUUAGCUCUGAGUUCAAAAUUAAGAGCGUUAGAAAGUGAAAAGGAAAGCUUGCAUGAUCAACUGGAGGAAGAAGAAGAAGCGAAGAGAGCCUUAGACAAACAGUUACUUGGCUUAAACGUACAACUGGCUGAAGCUAAAAAGAAAGCAGAAGAAGAAGCUGAAGCCGCUGUAGCAUUGGAGGAAGCUAGAAAGAGAUGUAUUAAAGACAUGGAAGCAAUUCAAAGACAAGUUGAAGAGCUGCAGGCUGCCAAUGAUAAAUUGGACAAAUCAAAGAAGAAAAUACAAGCGGAAUUGGAAGAUAGUAUUAUCGAGCUUGAAGCGCAACGAGCUAAGGUGCUGGAAUUGGAGAAAAAGCAAAAGAAUUUCGACAAGGUGCUAGCCGAAGAAAAAGCAGUAUCCGAACAAUACGCUGAGCAACGCGAUGCUGCGGAACGCGAAGCUCGCGAAAAGGAGACGCGCGUCCUAUCUUUGACUCGUGAACUGGACGAGAUGAACGAAAAGGUGGAAGAGCUUGAACGCAUUCGACGAGGACUUCAGUCGGAACUCGACGAACUCGUGAACAACCAGGGAACAGCGGACAAAAACGUGCACGAACUUGAGAAGGCGAAGCGAGCCCUCGAAUCUCAAUUGGCCGAGCAACGUUCACAAGUAGAGGAACUCGAAGACGAGUUGCAGUUCACUGAAGACGCGAAGUUGCGAUUAGAAGUAAACAUGCAGGCGCUGAGAGCACAGUUCGAACGGGAUUUGCAAGCUAAAGAGGAACAAGCCGAGGAGAAACGCAGGGGAUUGGUUAAGCAGUUGCGUGACCUCGAAGCGGAACUAGAGGAUGAACGGAAGCAAAGAGCCGCCGCGAUAGCCCAACGCAAGAAGAUGGAAGCAGAUUAUAAAGAUAUUGAACAGCAACUGGAAAUGCAUAACAAGGUAAAGGAAGAUGCAUUGAAACAGUUGAAGAAACUGCAGGCACAAAUAAAGGACAGCACCAGAGAAACCGAAGAGGCCAGGGCUGCUAGGGACGAACUGGCAGCGAGUGCCAAAGAAACUGAACGGAAAGUGAAGAGUUUAGAGGCGGAUUUGAUGCAGUUAACGGAAGAUUUCGCCAGCAGUGAACGGGCAAGGAGAGCUGCCGAGAACGAAAGAGAUGAAUUACAGGAGGAAUUAAAUAAUAACGCCAACAAGGGUACGCUGAUGCUGGACGAGAAACGAAGACUCGAAGCUAGAAUUGCGACAUUGGAGGAGGAAUUAGAAGAAGAACAGUCGAACGCUGAAUUGUUCAUAGACAGAGCCAGAAAAGCGCAGAUAACGAUCGAACAACUGACAAACGAUCUGACCACUGAGAGAUCGACUACGCAGAAGUUAGAAUCGCACAAAUUGUUGUUGGAGAGACAGAAUAAGGAACUUAAAGCGAAAUUGACUGAAUUGGAAACUGCCCAGAGGGCGAAAACUAAAGCUACCAUUCAACAGCUGGAAUCAAAAAUUAAUAAUCUCGAUGAACAAUUGGAAACCGAGGCAAAGGAGAGAUUCGCGCAGCAGAAGAUAAAUAGAAAGUUGGAAAAGAAAUUAAAGGAAUUGAGCUUACAGUUAGAAGAUGAGAGGAGAAAUUCGGACCAAUACAAGGAGCAAGCCGAGAAGGUGAAUGCUAGGAUGAAGGCAUUGAAGAGACAGCUCGACGAAGCCGAAGAAGAAAUUAGCAGGCAUAAAGCGAUGAAGAGGAAAGCACAGAGGGAAAUGGAUGAUAUGCUAGAAUCUCAGGAAGAAUUGACCAGAGAGGUGGCAAACCUCAAAAACAAAUUAAGACGUGGUGGUCCUCCAAUAAGCCUCAGCUCGACGCGUCUGAAACGCGGUUCCGUUCAGACUGGUGGCUCCGGGGAUGAUUCAACAACGCAGGAUGAAAGCAUCGACGGUGAGGAAACCGUCAAUUGAACGAUAGAGCAGAAAAAUCACUUAAUGAACCCUCACAACGCAGGAAACCCAUAGAAAAACCCAGGUCCAGGAGGUGCGCGCAAGAUCCGCUUCGACAUCCGAAUUCAGAGGAAUUCGUUUUCCCGAACUUUCCCGGGAGUCGAUUCUUAUGCACCUAACGAUGCCAUGAGAUGAGGACGGCUUCCUUCUGUACAUAAGAGACUCGGCAGAGCCGUACUGAGUAGUAUUUUACCUUCGUUCUUCCGGAACUCCACAAAGAUCGACGAACCUUCUCAACGACACGUUGGUAUCGACCGAUCGAUCAUUCAUACAAUUGUUAAUGGUGCAAGCCAUUAAUAGCCUAGAAUGAAAUCAUUGAAAAUGAUUCUCACAGGUAAACGUUUACCGAAUUUUUUUCCAAGGAGCUUAACGUGCACGGUACACGCGUACUGGACUUCCACGUUAACGGUACUGGGAUGCCAUACUUUUGUACAAGAUUUACCAUAGAAAUUUCUUCUUAAUCAUGUAUUUCGUCAUUCUUUGUGGAAAAUGCUACCACUUUCGCCGGGUAAUAUUGAAACUAGAAAUAUAUUAUUGGGGCUGCAUAAUCGAUAACGAAUUAACACCACAUUUAGGCAGCAUUAAUAUCUAUUAUAUUAUAGUUAUAUUAAUUAUUAUUAUUAUUAUUAUUAUUAUUAUUAUUAUUAUUAUUAUCAUCAUCAUCAUCGCAGUUUUUGUUUAAAAGAAAAAAAAAUCGUAAUACGUUAUUUGUAAUUAUUUUUAAUAAUCGAGCCAAUGAUAGGCGAUUCCGAGGCAUCGUUCCGAGAGGUUGGAAACUGUAGAACUUUCACAAGAGUUGAAGUACAAUUUUUCAGUUGUUAGAAUUGUUCAAGACGUAGCAUUUUUAAAACAAUCUUAUUAUUGUAUUACUCAUUGACGCUGAGUGGAGCGAUUGUAAAAUUUCAAAGACUUUUUCGAGAUAUGCCGUAAAGUAUUUUAAUGAUGAUUCCGGGGGAUUUAGAACACUCUGAAAAAAUUGUUGUUAUCUGUGGGAGAAAGUUCGUUUUCUUGUUUAUAAAUGGCAAGAAGGGACAUAAAAGAGUGAUUUUGACUCGGGAUGUCAACUUUUGAAGAAAAAGUAUUAUUAUUUUUAAGAAAGAUUAUACUCUUUAAUAUCUUGUUUAAGCUUUUCAGUUGCAUUUUUGCCUGACUGUUCCAUUUUAAGCAGCAAUUAUCUCAUUUCUUUUCGAAUAAAAUUUCUUUACCUAUCGGAACGAACCAGAAAUCGACGAUCCAGGGUGUAUAUCAAUUGGUAUUUAGGUGUGAUUGCAGAUCGAGAACUUCUUCGUUCCAUGUCAUCCGAUUUCAGACCCAUCGAAAAGUUCGUCAAAGGUCUCGGAACAAUUACUUGAGCAUGCAUUUAAUCGAGGUUAAUUUUUCUAAAAUAUUAUAUACAAUUUUUCAAUUUGUUUCUCUGCUUUUUUAAUUGGAAUCGUGCACUGGCGGAUUUCUUGAUGCGUGUGAAAUUCAACCUUUCAAUGCAAGAUCGCCAUGUGAAAUUGAUCGAGGAAAGAAGAGAAACAGCAACCUUUUUAUACAUGCAUUUUUUAGAACAUGUGCAUUUCUUAUGCAUUCAGAUGCAACGUACUUUAACCUCUUUUUGUCGACAUCGAACAGAAACACUUUAUACGAAGAAAAAAGAUUAGAAAGAAAAAGAAAUAAAUAACAAGAGUAAGCAGUAUUCAUGGCCAAUCCAACAACCUAAAUCAAAACAUGAAAUAAAUGGCAGUGUUGCAGAAUAAAUGAAAUAACAAUUGUGUGGGGUAUUUGCAUUUUGAAAUGCAAGACAAAAAGAGAUUAACGGGCGGUUAUACAUAUUACACGUGUAUAGGGUUUUUUAUGAAUAGCGUUUGAUAACGAAAUACUUGAUUUUGGGGGUGAUUCUAUGCAGGAAAUGUGCAAUAAAAACACCCGCUUAUCACAGCGCUUGACGUUGUUAAACGAAAUUGCAAAUUUUUAAAACAAAUUUUUAUUUUAUAAUAUUUUUAUUUCAUUUUUGAGUAUUUGAAUAAAUUUUGUAAUGAACACCUUGAAAUUUUGUCUAUAUUACGUAAGUUCCUUGCAUGGGGUUCACUUGAAAAUCAUUAGUGCAAUUAGGUGCUGAAAUUUGCGGCGUACGCAAAUACGUCUUUACGUCUCCUGCUGCUGGACAACUGUACUUUUUGUAAAGAAAUUUAUUUAAAAUAAACCUUCCUAACAAACCAACGAAAUUUUUAGAAAUAAAAGUUGAUUCUAGAUUUUGAAAAGAGGAAGAGUUGCAUCUUCCCGAGUAAACUAACAAACGGUUCAAUAUUUAAAUCCUAUAAAAAUCGGAUAAAACAUUAAUCAAUAGCAUCUCUUCUAGUGUGAAACAGGGCAACUUUUAUAAAACAUUUACAGCGAAGAAUCACCUUCAAAAUCAGAUGUUUCAUUAUUGUGCGCUAAUCUUAAAUCACUCUGUAUAUGUACACAUUUACAUAUUCAGAGUAUUCUGUAAAGUAUGCUGUAUCCAGAGAUGGUAAAAAAAAGCCGGGUUUUGUGGAAUCACUUUUUUCUAAAAUUAACGAACAUCAGAGACGAAUAAUUACCUAAAAAUUCUUAAUAUUAUGUUACUAAAAUAUUAAGAAUUUUUUGUAGUUUUUAAAGGAGAAUAGAAAAGGAAAGAUUUCUGGAUGUAACACGCCUUAUCGUACACUCUCUAUAUGUAAAUAUAUAUAUAUAUAUAUUAUUUUUUGAUACGGCUAAGUGAUUGUAUAUGGACGAAACUGGCCUGUUUUUUUUACAUUAAACAGCUUUCUAGUGAUUUUUUAGGCGGGCUUUUCAAAUUCACGAUUGAACUGCCACUUAACUAAUCGUGGACUACUAUUUCCUCCACGUAAUUAUUAUAAUUAAACCUCAACAUCUCUGGAAUGAACUUAAUAAACGUUAUACACAUUUUCGACAGAUUUAGUUAAUAAGAAAUAAAUUAUAAUUUCUUAAAUAAAGGAAGGAUACUGUAAUGAAUUGUGUCUGUCAAGAGGAAUAUGCUAACGUCAAUGGUACGUUAUAUAAUGUUGCGCAUCAAAUGGUAGGUUUUGUUGAUCUUUAUAGUUGAAUAUUCUUUUAGAGAUAAAAACUGAAGGUGCAUGACCAAAAUAAUCCUUCUAAAAACCUGUUAACAGUUGAAAGAACUAACUUCUAUGAAAUUCAUUAUUUUCCUCUGUUUUUCUCUUCAUACAGUGCUUAAAUGUAAAAAAAAAUCAAUGGCUAUUAACUUUAUGUGGUACAAGAAUUUAUUUAAAUUAAGCUAUAAGUUUUUAAUGGCUUUGAGCAGAAUUUUUUUCGUGAGUUUUAUGCUGCAAUUCUGCACAUGAAAGAAAACAGAUUACACGAUGUAUGAACAAAAUUUAUCAAUAGUUUUCGCCUAUACUAUUAUCGAGUAAGUGAAUGCAAUCGAGUCUAAAGAUAAUCACACUUGAAGUUAGAAGCUUUUUGUAAACUUUUCGACAAUAAUAACAAAUUUAUGUAUCGGACGUUUCAUCGAAAUUCAAAAAAAAUACGUUUCACACAAUACCUUAACUUUUUUUUCAUGGAUGUUGUUUUUGUUACGGAGCUCUUAAUUGUUGGCAAAGGUUACUACUUGCAUGUUAAUUCGAAUCGUGUACAUUUGUUUUGUGUUACUAAAAAUCUAACACUUCAUGUGCAACAAUAUACUCACUAAGUGGAAUUGAUACUUAAAGAAAUUUUUAUACUCACCCCAUUGUUGGGUUCGAACGUGCAGAAAGAUAUCCGACUGCUAGGAUCUUCGAUAACAUAUGCAAAGCUAAAAACACAACCGAAAUAUCAGCAACCUCUUUCUCGAAAGGACUCCUUUCAAUUUUUGGAAAUUUGGAUGAUUGUAAAAAAUAUAUUUUAUUGGUUACCAUUUAUAUACUGUACUGUUGUAAUAACUACUUUUUAACACAAUUCACGCAUUGUGAGAACAAUUUUUUAAGGGAUGUGUAUCUUGAAUGUAUGUGUAAUCGAAACUUUUUAAUUUGGCUUAUGUGGCCAAUUAUUGAAACAAUUGAUAUUGUUGGCAAAUAGAAAACAGAGCUUCACAAUUUUGAAUCUUUUGCUGUGAAAUUUUGUAUCAAUGUACAAUCGUUUAUAUGUAUGCUUUGCAAUGUCGACUAUCAUCAGCGUAGAAGUGUGUGAAUGUGGCCAUAAAUUACUUAGACUUUAAUAUACAUAUUUUUUUAUUUAACUGAUAAGACGACUCAAUUGUAUUUUUUAUGUUUCGUGUAUAGUUACUAACCCACUGUAAUGCAGAGAAUGAAUGAGCACCUUAAUCGACUUGAAUUUUAAAUUAACUUCAAUAGACUUAAG